UUAUCUUUUUUAUUUUUUUUUAACUUUCCCAUAUUCUCCUUGAGCUUCUCCUUCUCUCUAACCUAAUUUCUGCUCCGACGACAACACCAACACCGAAGCCAAUGACGGCGGCGGCGACACCACCGCAACCUCCUUUCAUUCCCACCAAAGGAUUGGGAAGUGUAGUUUGAGUUGAUUUCAGCUUCUCCUGAGCAACAAUGCGAAACAUUCAGCCUCAUCGAUUUUCCACUCUUAUCGAACCACCCAACAAAACCCCAACCUCGAAGCCAUUCUUCCUUCCCAUACCUCACCGAACCAUUCCCGAGCCUCGAGGCCAGGACCUUGACUUCAUCUGCGUCGCACACCGCCACGUCAUCAACUCUCACUGGGAAAAGCUUCUCCCUUUAUCCACCUCCCUCACACCCUUCCGUCUCAAACACCUCCUCCUCGCCCUCCAAAACGACCACGUUUCGUCUCUAAAACUCUCCACUUGGGUUCUCAAACACAACCCCUCCUCCCACACCCUCGACACCCACUCCAUCCUCCUCCACACCCUCUCCAAACACCGCCAGUUCAAAACCACCCAAAAGUUCCUCACGCAAACCCUCUCUUCACACCCCCCUCACACCCUCUUUGAUGCUCUGUUGUUCUCCUAUCGUCUCUGCAACUCUUCUUCCCCUCUCGUCUUCGACUCCCUCUUCAAAACCCUCGCCCACACCAACAAGUUCCGCCACGCCACCCACAUUUACACCCUAAUGAAAGAACACGGCUUUUCCCCCACCGUCCAAUCCUGCAACGCUUUUCUAAGUUCCCUUCUUCGCCUUCGCAGGGCCGACAUUGCUUUAGCAUUCUACCGCGAAAUACGUCGUCGUUCUUGCGUUUCGCCUAAUGUCUACACCCUCAACAUGAUCAUUCGUGCUUAUUGUAUGUUAGGGGAAGUGCAGAAGGGUUUUGAUAUGUUAGAGAAAAUGAUGGACAUGGGUUUGAGUCCUAAUGUUGUGUCUUUCAAUACUUUAAUUUCGGGGUAUUGUAACAAGGGGCUGUUUGGAUUGGCGUUAAAGGUUAAGUCUUUGAUGGUGGAGAAUGGAGUGCAGCCUAAUGUGGUUACUUUUAACACUCUUAUUAAUGGGUUUUGUAAAGAGAGGAAGCUGCAUGAGGCUAAUAGGGUUUUCAAUGAGAUGAAGGUUGCCAAUGUGGAUCCCAGUGUUGUGACUUAUAAUACUUUGUUGAAUGGGUAUGGUCAGGUUGGGGACAGUGAAAUGGGGGUUAGGGUUUAUGAGGAGAUGAUGAGGAAUGGGCUUAAGGCCGAUAUAUUGACUUAUAAUGCUUUGAUUUUGGGACUGUGUAAGGAUGGGAAGACAAAGAAGGCUGCAGGGUUUGUUAGAGAGCUUGAUAAGGAGAACUUGGUACCCAAUGCAAGUACGUUUUCUGCACUUAUUACUGGGCAGUGUGUGAGGAACAACUCGGAGCGUGCUUUUCUUAUUUACAGGAGCAUGGUGAGGAGUGGUUGUAGUCCAAAUGGGCAGACUUUCCAGAUGUUGAUAUCUGCUUUUUGCAAGAAUGAGGACUUUGAUGGGGCUGUGCAGGUUUUGAGGGACAUGUUGGGAAGAUUAAUGAGUCCAGAUUUGAGUACCAUGUCUGAGCUCUGUGAUGGACUUUGCAGGUGUGGGAAAAAUCAGUUGGCGCUGGCACUUUGUAGUGAGAUGGAAGUGAGGCGUCUAUUGCCAGAUGGGUUUGACAAAGAAAAAAUAGCCAUCACCCAUCCAGAAAAUGAGACAAGUAACUGAACUCCGGUAUCCUCUUUCAGAGGUAAUUCUGUUAGAGACACUUCGGAUGGUAGAUGUGGACAAUGGAUACCUCUCUCAACGGAGAUUUUAACUUAAGUUUGCUACGUUAUGGGGGAUAAGUUCCUUCCACUGAAUUUAACUCCUAUUGGUGGUACUCAUCAGGUUGCUUGAAGCUGUACAUAGUACUUUCUUAACUUGUUGGUUGUACUUGUUUGUAUCAUUCAUAUGCUAAACUCUAGAAGUUUCACUGUAAAGAAUGUUCCAUUAAAUCAACCACAAAAGAUACAGAUUUUGAGGUUGA